AACAACUCUUAAACGCACACAAAAAUUAUUACUCUUUACUCUCUAUCAUACUCUCUAUAUACACGAUCGAUAAACAAUAAUGAAACAAUAAAAAAAUUCAAACAAAAAACAAUAAGUCGUGACGUCCUUGAUUCCGAGUGCGAGGCAUACUAACAACACACACGAUGAUAAUGGAAGUAACCACAAGCAACCUUGCAACUUCUUUGGCCUGUAUUUUCAUAUUAGCAUGGGUUUGGAGAACAAUAAAUUGGUUAUGGUUAAAGCCUAGAAGAUUAGAAAAAUGCCUUACAACACAAGGGUUUAGAGGUCACCCUUAUAGGGUCUUGUUUGGGGAUACCAAAGAAAUUGCUGAGAUGCUUAAAAAAGCUACCUUUAAGCCUAUCCAGCCUUUCUCCAAUAAUUAUGUUCCUCGGAUCCUUUCUUUCUUUUGCCAAACUAUCAAAAAAUAUGGGGAAAGAUCAUUUGUAUGGAAUGGACCGAUUCCAACAGUGAUCAUAACAAAACCAGAAGAUAUAAGAGAAAUAUUGAUGAAAAUGUACGAUUUUCAGAAGACCAUCUCACACCCACUAGUAAAGAAGCUUACAAACGGGUUAACAAGGCUCGAAGGUCACAAAUGGGCUCAACGCAAAAAGUUGCUUAACCCUGCCUUUCAUGUCCAUAAAUUAAAGCAUAUGGUGGCAGCCUUUGAUGCAAGUUGUAUGGAGAUGAUUCAAGAAUGGGAGAUGAAAAUAAAGGAAACGGGAUCGAGAUCCUGUGAGAUAGAAGUUUGGUCAUAUCUGCACAAUUUAUCUGCUGAUGCAAUCUCUCGGGCUGCAUUUGGGAGUAGUUUUCAAGAAGGAAAGAGGGUGUUUGAACUACUACGAGAACACAUUUCAAUUACAGUACAAGCGACCCAAUCGGUUUAUAUUCCUGGAUCAAGGUUUCUGCCAACUAAAACCAACAGGAGAGCAACAAAGAUAAUCAAAGAAAUGGAGUCAUUGCUUAAAGAGAUGAUAGAAAAUAGGAAAAGGGAAAUGAAGAUUGGAGAAAAAGAUAAAGAUUUGUUGGGUUUGCUGAUCAAAUCAAGCAUAGAGGGAAUAAAAAAUGAACAAACAUUGAAGUUGGGUAUGAAAGAGAUAAUUGAAGAGUGUAAAAUGUUCUAUCUAGCAGGACAAGAUACUACUUCUUCCUUGCUGCUUUGGGCCCUUGUUUUGCUAAGCAAACACCAAUAUUGGCAAGACCAAGCUCGACAAGAGAUUCUUGCCACAUUUGGCCAUAACACACCUAAUCAUGAUGGACUAAACCAAUUGAAAAAGGUGAAUAUGAUAAUUUACGAGGUUCUACGUCUAUAUCCACCAGUCCCUUUAUUAACACGAAAAGUUAUCCAUGACAUAAAAGUAGGAGAUGUGGUUUUACCAGCUGGUGUUCAAGUAAAACUACUAAUAAGUUUAGUUCAACAUAGCGAAAAGUAUUGGGGUAAAGAUGCACAACAAUUUAAUCCAGAAAGAUUUUCACAAGGAAUUUUAAAGGCCACCGAAGGAAGUAUGUGUUUUUUCGCAUUUGGUUGGGGGCCUCGCACUUGCAUUGGAUCAAAUUUUGCAAUGAUGGAAGUUAAAAUGGCAUUGGCCUUGAUUUUGCAACGAUUCUGUUUUCAGCUUUCUCCAUCUUAUCUUCACUCUCCUACAACAAAUCGUGGAACACUUCGUCCUCAACGGGAUGGGGAUGCUAAGUUGAUAUUGCGUCCUAUUUAAAUACUUCAUAUGCGCUUUAUUAUUUAUUACACUGGGUAUAUAUAAGACUUUUUGGCCGCAUCCUCUUUUAUGGGUAUGAAUGGUCACCUUUUUUUUUCUUCUGAGACACGAAUCAUAAAUCCUAUAGGUAGGACAUACUGGUACGUUGAUAAUGAUGAUAUGAUGCUUUAUUUUUACUAUUGAUGUUGGCCUACAUGUGUUAGGAUAUGUAAAUAAGUAUGGGCUAUUUGUAACUUUUACAUGUACAAUAUCAGAGUAUUAUCUAUUCAAAAAAUAUGAGUAUUAUCAUCUCAAUAUGUAAGUAUUACUAGUUUUUUUUGUAUUUUGGCAAAUAUAAUAAAUACAGUAUGAGGUUUUAUAUUAGAUAAAUACUCAUACCAUGUAAGCAAUACAUAAUAUAUAUUGUUAGUUGUUUUUUAAAAUAUCUAAAAUUAAUGCAAAUGCAAUUUAUAUCGCUAA